AUGUCGGGUGAAGAAGAAUCAAGUAAACGACGCAGAGUGGCUAGAGCUUGUGAUGCUUGUAGAAGGAAAAAAGUUCGAUGUGAUGGUGUUCAAUCUGGUUCUGAUCCUCCAUCUUGUACUAAUUGCAGAAUUUACAACUAUGAAUGCUCUUUCAUUGACGCACCUAAAAAACGUGGUCCUCCAAAAGGUUAUAUUGAAGCAUUGGAGACAAGGCUUCAAAGGAUGGAAUCCGUUCUUGGGAACUUGGUACAAUCCGGAAAUUUACCUGAAAGUGUAAUUAACUCAAACCUCGAGUGGAUUAAUAUUAAUGAAAAUAGCUUUAAAAAUAAUAUCGGUAAUAAUUUACCAAAAUCUCAUGAUUCACCAUCUUCAAACAAUGAGGAGUUAAACCCUAUGAAAUCCCACGAGUCUCACGACAGUGAUACUGAUGAGUGUUUAUCAAGUGAUGGGGAUCACUCUUGUGACCUAAGCGAUAGUAUGGGUCAACUUUCAAUCGAUGUAAGUGGGCAUACAAGAUAUAUAGGAAAUAGUUCUGGUAUAACAAUAAUCAAAAAAUUCGCAAAAAAAAUUCUUAAAGAUAAUUCUAAUCAUCGUCAAGAGUGCUUCACAAAACCAAUUACGCACUCAGAUAAAACAUCAAAACUUCCUCCAAAAGAAUUGCGUGAUCAAUUGUUAGAUAUUUAUUGGAGAGAAUGCCAUUCAUACAUGCCUUUCAUUAAUAAAGAGGAAUUUAUGGAAAAAUAUAACGAUUUGGAGAACAAUCAAUCUUUGAUCAUACUUCUUUAUGCCAUGUUUGCUAUCACUGCCAAACAUCAUCAAGGUCCUGCUGUCUAUAAGAAUCCUGACGAUCCAUCUACUGUCGGUGAGGAAUACAUUGAACGAGCAAAAGAAUUACUUAAAGAUGAGUUCGAUAAUCCGACCAUAACAAACGUUCAGGCGCUUGUACUGUUAGCAGGAAAUCUACAAGGUUCAAAAAAUCCUUCUUCAUGGUUAUAUGUGGGUAUAGCUAUUCGUCUUGCUCAAGAUAUGGGAUUACAUAGAGAUUCUUCAAAAUGGAAUCUUGAUGCAAGACAAACUGAAAUUAGAAGGCGUGUAUGGUGGUCUUGUGUUAUGAUAGAUAGACUAUCAAGCGCUCAAUUGGGCCGACCGCUUGCUAUUAACGAGGCUGAAUUCGACGUCGAUCUUCCCACCAAUGGAUUACUGCCCGAUGAUCCAACUUCUAAUGCAUGGAUUGAAGCACUUAAGAUUAUUUUAAUACUUGGACGUGUGCUCUCUCAUGUUUAUGGUAUAAAGGCACAACAGAAUAUAAACAAUAAUAAUCAAUGUUUAUUACCCUCAUUACACGCAGCGUUAAAUGAAUGGAAAGAAAAACUUCCAAAAGAACUUCAAUACGAUUAUUCGAAUCUCACAUUUGAUGGUCCGAUUAACAGAAAGAAAUUACUUGCUCAUCUAUUAUUUUAUACUGUUCAAAUUCUUUUACAUCGUCCUCAUAUUCGUUGUCCAAAGUCAAAAACUCCUCCUUCAACUAUUCCAUCAUUGACUAUAUGCACUAAAGCUGCAAAUCAUAUCAUACAUAUCCUACAUCGUUUAGUUAAAGAAGGGAGAUUGCAACAAUCGUGGUCAUACAUGGUUUAUCCUUUUUUUACCUCUACUACUAUGCAUUUAAUAAAUGCUUUUAGUGGUGACAAUCGAUUUAGAGAAGUAGCUAAACACGGUCUUAGGAUGGUAUUAAGAUGCUUAGAUUAUAUGAAACCUCAUUGGUUUGCUGCUGAAAGAAAAAGACGUUCUACAUAUCAUUCUACAAAUUUGGAUGAUAUGUCUUCUGUUUCAAUAACCAAUGAAAUUCCAGUUUCAUCUCAAUCUCCUUCAACACCACCAUCAAUUCCAAGUCAAAUAAAUUCGACACCUGCUUCAAUUCGAGAAUAUAGUGCUGCAAUAAGACAACAUAUGAUUAAUCAUGUUCCUUCAACUCUUAAUGGAAUACAAGCAAUUAAUUAUGAUCCAAAUUCCUCUCCAGCUUCUGAUAGUUCUGUUACAAGUUAUAUGUCAUUUAAUGAUCCUAUGAUGAAAACAGAUAAUGAAUUAUUUAUCGAUUCUCAUAUUCCAGAAGUUUCAUCAUUUUUAUUUAAUGAUUGUGAAAAUAAUCCAUUUUUAUCACUUCCAAUUUCUCUCGAUUGGACUACUAAUAUUUAUGAGUGGUCGGAUUUGAUUGGACUACAACAGACAAAUAUGAAUAAUAUGAAUGGUUUGAAUGAUAAUGUAAUUUCAAAUCAGAUGGAUCAGUUUACAAAUAAUGUUAUUGGAAUAUCAACAACAAAUACACAGGGAACUCUUUAA